UACAUACAUAAUAAGUAUGGAUUAUUUGGUAUGUGUGAAAGCACAUAGUCAACAUGUGAAAAUAGUCAACAUUCAAAAGAUCUAACAUAGUAAAACUGCAUCGUUUGUCUCAGUAUGACGCACUGAGUUUAACACACGUGAUUUUAAAACGAUUGAUAAGUUAGAAGUAAAAAUAAGUUUCCAUCUUGUGUGGUGGAUUAAAAUAAACGACUCUUGUGUAAACGUGAUGAUUUCGCACAUGCGCACUUGCGCAGUGGCAGACAAACUGAAUUCACCAGACCACCUGCUUAAAUAUAUGAGCGAUAAAUAAUCACAGCCUAAAUUAAGCUCGACUAUAUUUUGAUGUCUUGUGUUAAUCAUAGCCAAACACAUGCUGUGUUCGUACUUACUCCUUACUCACACAUAACCAGGCGGCUGUAACGACACUACGAUUAGCCUGGAAGCUAAUAACUUAUUUACUUUUAUUAUCAGCUGUUAAUUGUUUCUGUGCUCAUUUAAAAGAUGGAGCCAAAGCACCAAAAACUUCUCCGAGCGCAGAGGCUGCAUCUCUGUCAUCAACUCGUUGUGGAUGAUACGAUAGUCCAUUUCUUAUACCAAAAGGACAUUUUAACCGACAGUCAAUUGGAAGACAUUCUUUCACAGAAGUCGAACAAAAACAAGACGUUAAAGCUGCUCAGUAUUCUUCCAAACCGCGGACCAAAUGCUUUUAAUGAGUUUGUUCAGUCCCUAGAAGAAGGUUUUCCCUGGAUUAAAGAGGAACUGCUUCGUCUAGCUGAAGAUGAUGAUGAUAGAGGAAGAGGGACAGAGGAAGCCGAAAUCACCGCUCAGUGGGCCAUUAAUAAACACAUCCUCCAAAUGGUUCCAUCUGAUCAGCAGCUAAAUCGGCUGGCAGUUCAGCUCGGCUCGGAGUCAGAGAUGGUGCUGUUAGACUUGGGCUUGACCUCAGUAGAGCUCUCCCGCUGCCGUGCCGAUCAUCCACACAACAGUCACAGUCAGGUUUUGGCGGCUCUGGUAAUGUGGAAGCAGACUCAGGGACGGAGAGCCACGGUGCAACGUCUACUCCAGAGCCUACAGAAUUCAGAAAUUCAUCCUUCUUCCCUCAACCAAGUAUUUGUCUGAGGCUACUAGGAGAAUGUGAAAACUAGUUGUGCCACUAAGAUUAAACAUCUGUGAGCAAACAGGAAAGAAAGACAAAAGCACACACAAAUGCUGUACAGAGAUUUCUUUCUUAAUAUUUUGUAUUUUGUCAUGACAGCUUGCUGAUAUAUGGCAAAUGAAAAUGGCAAGAUUAGUUAUACCUACCAAGAAGGAAAUCAUAUACUGUAUAUAUCAUUAUAUCAUAUCUCAAUAGUUCACUUAUAGUGAAUAGUAAAGCAGCACAGAGGACUAAAGGACUAUGGGCACAGAACACUCUAAAGACUCUCGUGUAGAUGAAAUUCCUUGGACAUCAGCAGUUUUAGAAAUAUUCAAACCAGCAGAUGAAAUUAAAUCCAAGUCUGGUGAACAGUGUUGGAAUUACAGUGGUUUCCAUUUUAAGGAAGCAGAACAAAGUGAUGAUCUAACAUUAAAUCAUACUGUCCAUGUUUCAUAAAACUCCAGAGGCUUUGGAGAUACAAUGAAUUUCAUAAAGAAAUUCACCAGGGUCAAACACCAAAUUAGAAUGGUGACUGGUGGAGAUAGCAACUUCCCCUCCAUGCUUCCCCUCCAUUGCAGUAAGCUGCAAUUAAAGAGUUUUUUAAGUACUUAGCUAGUUUAUAUAUGUACAAAACAGUUCCCCAUAUAUGAAAUAUAUAUAUCUAUAGAUAUAUAUAUAUAUAUAUAUAUAUAUAUAUAUAUAUAUAUAUAUAUAUAUACGUAUGUAUAUAUAAACCAGUUAAAUAGCCAAAAAAUGCUUUAUUUUUAUUCUGUUAUUUUAAUUAAUUGUUUUUUUUUUGUUGUUGUUGUAACUGCAUUCCAGUAAAGAGGGGAACACUGGAGGACACCCUCUCCAGUGUCAUCCAUAUGAGAAUGGGUUCCCGUUUGAAUUUUAUAUAUUUCUGUAAAGCUCCUUUGCAACAAUGGCCUUGUCUUAAACUUAAAUAAUUGUAUUGAGUAACUUCUAUGCACCACAGUAAAAUCCAGUUCUGUUCCAUUUUAUUUCGAUAGCGCUUAUUACAAUACAAGCGCUAACGAAAUAAAAUGGAACAGAACUGAAUUUACUGUGGUGCAUAGAAGUUACUCAAUAAAAUUAUUUAAGUUUAGAUAACUCAGUGGUAUUCCUGCCAUGGGCUCAUUCCACUGGUUGAGGCAGGCUUUGCUUAAGUAAAAAGUGUACCUAUAUGGUUGAUUUAAAUGAUACAAUGGGCAAAAGUGUUAUAUCUACAUGUGAUAGAGUAGUGGUUAAGGUGCUGGGCUACCGAUCGGAAGGUUGUGAGUUUGAUUGAAGGUCCACCAAGCUGCCACUGUUGGGCCCCUGAGCAAGACCCUUAACCCUCAAUUGCUCAGUUGUAUAAAAAUAAGAUAAUGUAAGUCGCUCUGAAUAAGGGUGUCUGCCAAAUGCCGGAAAUGAACAUUUACUGUAACCCACAUGUUUAGAUGUGGUUCUCUGAUCUUUAUACAGAUAAGCUGUACUUGUUCAAGGGCCCAUAUUUAUAUAUGAAUAAGUCUUGUGGAACUUUAUUAGUAUCACCUUUGACAGCUCCAUGCUUAGAUUGCAUUUUGCUUUACUUUAAGGUCACAAUGGAUAAAAUAAAUAAUUAUGCAAUUUAUUUCAUGUAUCAAAAUUAAAAUAUUUGAAAAGCUGAGAGAUUCACUCAUAUAACAACA